AAACGGGUGAACUGCCUUUUUUUUAACGCCCGGAGCGUCUUUUUGCGCAUGUGUCUCCAGUCUGUUGUUUAAAUUUCUUACGGACCGCUUAAACCCAGGGGGUGGGGACAAAGUGUAAUAUUUUCGGGAUAAAAUCGUCAGACUGAUGAUUGCAUACUUCACAUGUGUGCCUGGUGACCCCUUGCGCAUCAGGUGGACCCUGGAUGCAUUUCCGUUGAGAACUGAUGAACAAGCAACCUCACACACUCAUAUUUACCUGUGGCAUCCAGAGUUUAACAUAUCACUGCAACUGAAACUCUGGAAGCGCACUGCACAUAACGGGACCAAACCGACCUCACCUUUCUGUAAUGCUGGAGUGUAAAACUCAAAAACUGACACUGUGAUACUGUAAAUGUUACCAUGUAAAAGUGUACAUGUAACACUGAAAGUAGACUGUUCUGUUGAAUAUACAAAAAUUGUGAUUUUAUAGAUUUUCUAUAAAUGACGUAACACAUAGUACCUCAACAUAAGCCUUUCUACCCAGUAACACACAAAUACACUCAUGCUGACCACUAUGACGUACCGCAUGCCAAACUUCACUCUGGAGCAAAAGCUUUUCCUGCUUCGGAGAAUUCAUGCGGUGGUAGACACGGUCCAGGACUUUCGGAAAGACACCAACACUACUGUGCACCGGAACGCUGUAUGGGCAGAGCUGGCUCAGGCCUUCAAUGCGGCGUUCCCAAGUCGACCCCCCAGCAGCAUCGGGUCUCUGAAGACGCUGUGGAAACGACUGAAGGUGGAAUGUCGUGUAGCACUGCAGAAGCGACAGGAACAGCAGGCAGCUGGGCUUCCUGUGUCUGCCCUCACUCAGGUGCAGAGAGAAGUCAUUGCUUUGGUGCCAAACCUGAUCUCCUGUCUGGAGGAGGUAGAUGGAGAUGGCAGCUAUGCCUCAGUUAGGGGUGGUUCACCUGGAGCAGUGAUGGGCCUUUCAGGCACUAAUGGGAGUGAGCAUGAAGAUGGUGACCACAGUCAAAAUGAUGAAGUAGACAGCAAAGAGAACUUAGCCAUUGAACUUGGUUUGGCCUCACCUACUCACCCACCUGUCAACUCUGGGAUUCCUCCUGGCACUGCCUCCUCUCCUCUCCGCUCACAUUCAGUUUCUUCCAGGUCCAGUCGUCCCUCCCUCAUCUACCCAACCAAUGCGGGAAGCACCUCAGGGCUGGGAUCAGGGACUAGGGGUGCAAACUUUGAUAUCAUACACAGAGAGCCUGCGGUGCCACGUGCUCCUGCCAGAGGAUCAUUUGAGAAUUCAUUACCGCCAAUGGACUCUUGUACCUCAGACUCAACAUGGGAGGCACGCCGACAGGAACUGUUCGAGCUGGAGCAUCAGCAGACGAUGAGUCUGUUGCUGCUUCAGCAGUGUGUGUGGGAGGAGAAGAGGAAAGCAGUGAGGCAGAAAGAGAAGGCGGCACGGGCCAAGAAGAGAUAUUACCAAGCCAAACUACGGAAGAUAGGCGCAGAUUAUCUGCCCUCCAGUAGCGACAGCGAGGAUAAUGAACAUCCACAGACAUGAACUCAGAUGUUUAUGACAUCUUAGCUAUUUUUACUUUCUUUUGGAAAGUCAUUUUUUUAAUUCUAUCAAUUUUGUUUAUUUUCAAAACAAUAUAUUUUUUAUUGUGGACUAAACUUAAUUGGCAUUUAGGAAUGUACCAUGUGUAUCAUAUGGAGGGGGAAUUCACUCAAGCAGGCUUUGUUCUAAUAGCAGAUAAAAAUUUCUUCAAAAAUCUCCCUACAUCAACACUGCUGCUGCAUUCCAUUCAGUUGAAAGUAGGAUAUUUCUACUUAAAGGGACAGUUUGUCCAGAAUUGAAAAAUUAAUCAUUUACUUACCCUCAUGUCUUUCCAAACUGUAUGAGACUUUCUUCUGUUGAACACAAAAGAAUAUAUUUUGAAAAGGGUUUAUUUUGUUCAUAAAAUGAAAGUAAAUUAGGUCCAGUGUUGUUUUGGACACCCCAUUGACUUUCAUUUCACAAAAACAAUUGAAAUAUUUCUUAAAAUAUUUUUGUGUUCUGCAGAAGAAAGUAAUUCAUACAAGUUUGGAGCAAAAUGAGGUAUUUUCAUUUUUUGGUCAAUUAACCCUUUAAAGGCACUCCAUUGAACUGUGUAAAGGCCCGUUCACACCAAGCACUAUAACUAUAAAGACAAUGAUAAAGAUAUAGUUCUAAAAAUCGUUCUAAAUAUAGGAGAAUAGCAAUGUCCAUACCAUAGCUAUAACGAUAAUGAUAUAGAGAAACGAUAUUGUUGGGAUCACUUUCAGAACGAUUUUUUCCAGCUGUUGAAUGAUAAAACGCUGACAGCCAAUCAGAAUCCGUUCUAAUUUAAGGGCUCGCGCAUUUAAAAUGGCAGACGACAUUGCUGAGAAGUUAAUCGCAGAGGUCCAGAAAAAGCCACCACAGUUUGACAAAAGGAUAUUUGAAAGAAAAGGGAUAUAUGGAAAACAAUCGGUCAUACCCUCGGAAUAAAUGUGGAGAAGUAUUAACGGAGAUAAGAUUAUGCCAGGCUAGCAAACAGUGUAACAUAAAAUUACCUCAGGUAUCCAGCGCUAUGUCGACAACAUUGUCUUACUUCUUUUUAAGUUGCAGUGAAAAAGACUAGUUGUUGUUUUUAUUCCACUACAUUGACUUUGUCAGCUAAAUUCACUGUUAGAUUAGAUAGAUUACGUUAUCUACAGUAUUUACUCGAAACAUAGCACGCUGAGGAGGACAUCUGCUGGUUAAAGCUGUGUAAAUGCAACAAGAACAGCAAAAACAUGUAACGUUACACACUUUGAAACCGCAGCGUGUGAGCUUACAAUAAACAGACCGUUAUCGUUCGUUGGUGUGGACGCAAAUAUAGUUAUCGUUCUCUUGGUGUGAACGGGCCUUAAGUCUCACUGGGUGUCAUGUUUGAGUGAUAUACAAACGAAAAUGUUGUGUAAGUUCAGACUUUCCGAGUUGAAUGGGAUGCAGCAUACGGGGUCGUUCACACAGAACGUGGUUUUGUUUUUAAAAUUUUCAGAGUAAUAUGAUAAAAAAGACACAUUAACUCGAGUGCCUUGUUUUUAGAACGCCAUGUCACACGCCAGACGCAGUAAAAGAUUUGAUCAAACAUGUUUGUCAAAAAUGCGUUGUGUAAACAGCCCCAAACCCUCACAUAGUCAGGCCAGAAUUGAGCAGUGAUAUUCAGUCCUACUUCAUGGGAAGAGGAAAUGAAUUGAAAUGAGAUUUCCAAUGUUACUGCAAGGAUGGAUUUAGGUCCUGCAAGACCCCCUUUUGAUGCAAUUGUGAUUCAUAAUGUCUAAAUAGCAGGAAAUUAUACUGCGAUUAUGAGGGGAAAAAGUCAAUAAAAGUGCAAUUGCGAGAAAGAGGCUAUUACCAGUCCAGAAUCCAUCCUUGGAUCCAACUCAUCUGACUGUUUUAUAACACUGUCUUCAGGACCAACCUUAUGAUUCAGUUCACUGUAGCUCAUUUAUACUAUGCAGGGUUUUUUUUCAGGUAAACAACUGUUUCUCGUAAAUGGACUAAUGGACUGGUUGAAUUUGUUAAGUUCAGUGUUGUUCAUUUAUGUCUUAGUACAGUGUUUGGCAGAUCCCUCUGCCCUUCUCAAGUAAUGAAAAAUGGACAUUCUGUCAUUAUUUACUUUCUCUCAUGAUGUUCCCAAACUUUUAUGCUUUAUGUUGCAUGAAAUAAAGUCAACAACAUGAGGGUUAGUAAAUUAUAACGCUUUCAUUUUUGAAUGAACUGUCCCUUAAAAGUGUUACAGUAGUAGCCUGGAAAUGGAGUGUGUAAAUCAGUGAAACAAAAUGUUAAACUAGUGAGAACCUUCCACUGUAAAAGCAGAUUUGAAAUUUACAUGUAGAUGUAAUUUCAUUUUAUUUGAUUGAAAUUUGAAAAAUGUGUAAUGUGAUAAAAACAAGUUAAUCUUUUUUAACUAAA